GAGUUAUUUUUUCAUUGAUUGUUUGAACAAUUAUCAGCCAAAGUUAGUCAUUGUUCAAUAUGGCAGAUAUACCGAGUGAUAUAUCUCAACAUUGUCCUGGUACUGCAAGUAAAGAUGCAGGAAAGGCAUCUAUAUGUACAAAUUGUCCAAAUCAAAUGAUAUGCGCAUCUGGUAUUAGUCAACAACCGGAUCUUACUGCAGAUCUUAUUAAAAGAAAGCUUUCUACAGUUAAAAAUAAAUUAUUGGUACUAUCUGGUAAAGGUGGGGUUGGUAAAAGUACUAUAACAUCGUUAAUAUCCAGAUCCUUAGCAUCAAGUAAUCCUGAUAUAAAUGUUGCAGUAUUAGAUAUUGAUAUUUGUGGACCAUCUCAACCUAGAGUAUUAGGUGUAAUAGGAGAACAAGUUCAUCAAAGCGGAUCAGGAUGGUCUCCAGUGUAUAUAGAAGAUAAUUUGUCAUUAAUGUCUAUUGGAUUUUUACUUGCAAAUCCUAGUGAUGCAGUAAUAUGGAGAGGACCCAAAAAAACUGGAAUGAUUAAACAAUUUUUAUCAGAAGUAGAUUGGGGGGCAUUGGAUUACCUUAUUUUAGAUACCCCUCCUGGUACAUCAGAUGAGCAUUUAUCAGCAACGUCAUAUCUUAAACAUGCUGGCAUUACAGGAGUAAUAAUAAUAACAACUCCACAGCAGGUUGCUUUAUUAGAUGUGAGAAAAGAAAUUGAUUUUUGCAGAAAAGUAAAUAUACCAAUUUUAGGUGUUAUUGAAAAUAUGAGUAUUUUUGUGUGUCCUAACUGUAAUAAUUCUGUAGAAAUAUUUCCAGCAUUAACAGGUGGUGGUUGUGUAAUGGCUAAAGAAUUGAACGUAGAAUUUUUGGGUUCUCUACCAUUGGAUCCACUUUUAGCUAAAUGCUGCGAUGAGGGAAAAAACUUUUUAACAGAAAUUCCAGAAUCACCAACUAUUUUGACAUUACAAACAAUUGUUCAAAAAAUUAUUGAUCGAUGUGAAAAAAUAAAACAUCCUUCUGAGAUUGAUACAACUUAAGAGAAAAAAUGUAAUUCUUUAGAAAAAAUGUAUGUAUAUUAAAAUUGUAUAAAAAAGUA